AUCAUAAUAAUUUUUCAUUCAAAUGUUUAUAACUUUUUUAUACGUCAAUCAAAAACGCUGAAAUUUUGACCAAUCAUAAACCAUGUAUUGCAGCUCCAUUGGUAAAAUUUUAAGUGAGAUCGAAUAAAUUUUCAGAAAUUUAUAGAAGUUUUAGUAAAACUUUUAGGAUUUUUGAACACAUUUUUAAAACAUUAUAUCUCAAUAUGUAGUCGAUGAAACUUUUUCAAUCUUUUUUGUGUUACAGCUUAUACCUAAGGCUUUCAUAUGCAGCUUCGUUUGAGGUUUUAUAUUCACUACAAAAAAUAUGAAAAAUCUGUAUAUAUUCAGAGUAUUAUAUGGAAAUUUAUCAUAUUUUGAUCAAUAAAACUGCCAAGUGUUUUCAACAUUUUUAAACUCUCUUAAUGUAAUAUUUUUAUACAGGACCUACUAAACAACAUAUGAAGAGUAGGUCCUAUGCAUUUUUCGUUCAGUUAAUGCACUUUUAUUGGUAGAAAACGUUUGGCAGAUUAUAUGUUCAAAAUAUGGUGAUUUUUUAAAUACCGUCAACUGCAUAAGCAAAUUUUUCAUAUUUUUUGUAGUGAAUAUAAAACCUCAAAUGAAGCUGCAUAUGAAAGCCUUAGGUAUAAGCUGUAACACAAAAAAGAUUGAAAAAGUUUCAUCUACUACAUAUUGAGAUAUAAUGUUUUAAAAAUGUGUUCAAAAAUCUCAUAAGUUUCACUAAAAGUUCUAUAACUUUCAGAAAACUUAUUCGAUCUCGCUCAAAAUUUUACCAAUAGAGCAGUAAUAUAUGAUUCAUGAUUGGUGAAAAUUUCAGCAGUUUUGAUUGACGUAUAAAAAAGUUAUAAACAUUUGAUGGAAAAAAUAUUUUGACAAAAAAUUUGAUGUACGGACAAUUGUUUGAUACACUGUACAUGUGCGGUGCGCUGCCAUUCAGAAUGUUUCUGGCCACACUGCACCUUGACGACGCCGACGACGCUGGCUGACGGCGUGACGAAAAUCGUCGUCGUUAUUCAUUCGUGUUCGACCAUCACAUCAGUUAACAGCUUUCGUGUAUUCUUUCAAUAAAAGAUCAGUAAAUCUAGUUGCAUCGCUUUUAUUCUCUUACCUUAUUGGUGACCCCGACGAUUAGGAACGAUAUUCCCAAAGAAAGGGUAAGAAAAACACACUAAUUAAUACACUUUGGGCGCAAUUGGCUGUGUGUCGGAUUUUUAUUGUCGUUUCAUGACUGUCUCUCGACUGCUGCACAUCGCAAUUUUGCCAAGGCGCCCAUCCGCGACAACAAGAUGGCGGAACAGAGUCUGAAAGACGAAAUCACCCGGUUGCAAGGGGAGCUGCAAGCGGCACGCGCGGCUGCUACCAACGUCAACGAGUUUGCAGCAGGCGGUGCUGCCGCUGUAAACACAACUGCCGGUGCUGCCAGUGGUGCGAUAAACAAAAUCGGAAUCAAGAUCGGACCUUUUUGGAAACGCGAUCCGACGCUUUGGUUCGCACAACUCGAAGCACAGUUUGCGCUUGCGGGGAUCUCUCGUGAAGAUACGCGAUACUAUCACGUCUUGGCAGCUAUCGAUUCGGAAAUUCUCGCCUGUUGCUCGGAUAUUAUCCGCGAUCCGCCUGCUGCCGGACAGUACACCGCAAUCAAGGACCGGAUCACCAAAGAAUAUAGUACGAGUGAACAAAACAGAAUGCAGCAGCUGCUACGUGGAUGUGAGUUGGGUGACCGCAAACCCUCACAACUUCUUCGAGAAAUGCGAGACCUCGCUAGAGACGUCAUCACCGACGACAAGAUCAUCAAGUCCCUGUGGAUGCAGCAGCUUCCCGAAACUACGCAAGCCGUGCUCAAAGUGUCGGAGGACACGCUACAGCUACAUCAGCUUGCUGAACAAGCUGACAAGCUUGCUGACGUAACCAGAAACCGAAUCGCAGCGUCUACAGUUGCUGCACCGGACGACAAAAUGGGUUUCGACUUGGCAGAACUGCGUGCUGAAAUUGCCGAGCUUUCAAGUGAGAUCGCCGCUUUUCGUCAAACGCGGGGUCGAUCUCGCAACCGAAGCUUCAGCAGGCAGCAAGGUACCCGAAGCACCUCCCGAGACCAACACCCGUAUUGCUACUACCACCGACGAUUUGGCAACGCCGCAAAGAAUUGUCGAGAACCCUGCCAGUUUAAAUCAAAAAACUGAUUCAGCUGCAAUCGA